AGCAAAUGCUCCAUCAGAGUCAAGCCCUAGAGAGCAGAGUGAGCUUGCAGUGAGCACUCCCCAGCCGGAAACAUAGGGAUCUUUGUGUCAGCCCCGUCUUCAUCUAGUAGUAGUAGUCCACAGCCAGCAUCCACCAUGCCUUUCGGAAACACUCACAACCAGCUGAAGAUGAAGUACUCAUCCGAAGCGGAGUACCCCGACCUCAGCAAGCACAACAACCACAUGGCCAAGGUGCUCACUCCGGCCAUGUACGAGCGGCUGCGCAGCAAGCAGACACCCAGCGGCUUCACACUGGACGAUGUGAUUCAGACCGGCGUGGAUAACCCAGGUCACCCCUUCAUUAUGACUGUGGGCUGUGUGGCUGGGGAUGAGGAGACAUAUGAGGUGUUUAAGGAGCUGCUGGACCCCGUCAUCGAGGACAGACAUGGAGGAUACAAACCCUCAGAUAAACACAAAACUGACCUCAACCCAGACAACCUCAAGGGUGGGGAUGAUCUGGACCCCAACUAUGUGCUGAGCUCUCGCGUGCGAACUGGCAGAAGCAUUCGUGGGUUUUGCCUGCCGCCACACUGCAGUCGUGGAGAGAGGAGAGGCAUUGAAAAGCUUUCUGUUGAAGCUUUGGGCUCUCUCAGUGGAGAUCUGAAAGGGAAGUACUAUGCUCUGAAAAACAUGACAGAAGCAGAGCAACAGCAGCUCAUUGACGAUCACUUCCUUUUUGACAAACCAGUCUCCCCUCUGCUGCUGGCCUCUGGAAUGGCACGUGAUUGGCCUGAUGCCAGAGGCAUCUGGCACAACGACAGCAAGACAUUCCUGGUGUGGGUAAAUGAGGAGGAUCACUUGCGUGUCAUCUCAAUGCAGAAAGGAGGGAACAUGAAGGAAGUCUUCAAUCGUUUCUGCACAGGCCUUACCAAGAUCGAGGAGCUGUUCAAAAACAAGGGACAUUCAUUUAUGUGGAACGAACACCUUGGUUACGUCCUUACCUGCCCAUCUAACCUGGGCACAGGACUGCGUGGUGGAGUGCAUGUCAAACUUCCCAACGUGAGCAAACACAGCAAGUUUGAGGAGAUCCUGAAGAAACUGAGGCUCCAAAAACGUGGAACAGGUGGUGUGGACACCGCUGCUGUAGGCGGCGUAUUCGAUAUCUCCAACGCUGACCGUCUGGGGUUCUCAGAGGUGGAGCUGGUUCAGAUGGUCGUAGAUGGAGUCAAGCUGCUUAUAGAGAUGGAGAAGAGACUGGAGAAAGGCCAGUCCAUCGAUGACCUCAUGCCCGCCCAGAAGUAAACCCAGCCAGUCCACCCUCUACCUCACUUUUCUCCCCAUUCCCUUCCCACAUUCCACUCCUACAAUAAGAACGAAAGAAUGUAUGUUGACUCCAUCCAUGAUUGCAUGUUUUAUUUAAGCCGCUUCCCCUCUGCCUCACCCACUGGGGACCUUUCGUUAUGGUGGCAUAAUGAGAGAAUAAAAGAUUCAUGAAAGACCAAUA